AUGUCUUCUUUCACCGAUCUCUACUCCGUGAAGCUCUUCAAAACUCAAUGGAGAGUUUAUGUGAAGAUAUUGAAGGUGUGGAAACAAUACUUGAAUGGUGUAGAGAGGUUGGAAAUGAUUGUUGUUGAUGAGAAGAAUCAAACCAUGCAUGUAACUUUGAAGAAGGAUUUCAUCAAGAAAAAUGAAAAUCUGUUAGAGGAAGGUGCCUCUAGAAUUAUCACAAAUUUUCUGGUUGCUCAUAAUGAUGGUAAGUUCAAGACCAAUCCUCACGUUUACAAAAUCUUUUUCGCAUCAACAACAUCUGUCAAACCGGCAGAAGAAAUGGAUCCAAGAAUCCUAGGUUUCAAGUUCGUCAAAUUUAGUGAUAUUCACGAAGGCAAAAUGAAUCUAGAUUUCUUGAUAGAUGCUAUUGGGAAAAUUGUGAGCAUUGGGGAUGUGGAGAUCUUGAAUGUUGGAAAGAGACAGACAAAGAAGCUUUCUAUGGAGAUCCGUGAUACAGAUGUGGCUCAAAAUGCAAAUGAUGUUGUGAUCGUUGCUGUUUUACGGUUUGGAAAGUUAAUACUUUAUCAAGGUGCUUGGAGUGUUGGCAAUUGCUACAACUGUUCGAUGGUCAUUACUGAUCCAGUGUUUCCAGAGAGUUUGGCUUUUAAAGAGAGAUUGCCAAAGGAUAGUUUAACCCUGACCUAUACCCAUCCAAAUCAGUUGACUAUUGUCAAUUCAGUAUCAGUAAUGGACGAUUUCUUCUUGCAUAGUCCUCAAAGGACUAUUAGUGAGAUUAUUGCUGCUUCUGAGGUUGUCAAAUGUGUUACCAUGGCCACAAUUAUGUCUAUAGACACUGCAUUUGGUUGGUAUUACAUGUCAUGCGGAGCCUGUGCUAAAAAGUGCAAAAAAUGCAAUGAGGAUGUUGAGAAUGUUUAUCCAUUGUUCAUGUUGACAUUCAGUGUCAUGGAUAAUACUGGUGAAACCAAAUUUCUCUUAUUUGAUCAAGAGGCAAAGGAAGUUGUCAACCAAACUGGUGCUCAGUUAACUCAGUCUGUUAAUGAGGAUCCAGAUGUUUUGCCCUUGGCUUUGAGCAAUAUUUGUGGUAAAAUGUUUCUCUUCAAGAUUGCAAUUGCAUGUUCAAAUAUUGUUUUCAAUAGUGACACAUACAAGGUCAUCGAUAUAUUUAGACAAAGUAAUGUGGUUAAGGAGUUUUCUGAAAUCUCUACUCCUCAGAGCACUCCAAGUAUCAAGAUAGAGGAAAAAGCUCACAAUACGCUUGAUAAAAAUGUCUAA